GCCAAUCUCAUUUCAUUGCAUUCAAAUUCUUCUUAGGAUAGAAGUAUUGUAUAUGAUCUUUCUGUAUUUUGGUACUUAGCCCCUUGCAUAGGCAGGCGAAAGAAGUCUGCACUUCCUUUUCUGGUAUCUAGAGUUCGAUUAAAUUCCCCUUAGUUUUAGUUCUCUGUCCUCCUCCCUCCUGUCAACAUUUUCUAAUGCUGCCUUUGCCUUUGUAUCCUUCUAUUUACAUCUUUCUUAGGAUGAUACUGCAAUUGCAAUUGGAUCCAAGUCAUAUGAUGAUCUUUCGGAUGAGCUUGCGGAUGAGCUUGAGGAUGACCUUGUUGCCCAAAAUAUGACCCCAGAAAAGAGUAAGAGGUUUUGUAAUCAACUGGACGUUCAAUUUACUUUCAAGUUUGUCAUGAUGCUAUAUCUCCUUCUGUCAAAUUUGCUCUUAGGAAAAUUAUUCCAGAAAUUCGUGAAGAGCAAAGCCAGUCUGACCCCCUAUGGCCUUUCUUGUCUACGACGUGAUGUUGGAGAAGGAGAGCUCUGUGUGCUCUUUCAUAACGAACAUUUCAGUACCAUGUUUAAGGUCAAAGGGGGCAACGUGUACGUGUCCAGCAAUUUUAAGGAAUGUACGAUGGACUAUGUUGGCAGCAUGAACGAUGCAACACUUUCGGUAGAGACCACAAAUGAUGAACAAUUGGCAAGAAGUCUGCAGCUGGAAGAAGAGCUCAAUGCUUAUCGCUGGUCCCCAGGUAGUUAGAAUUUGAAGCAAUAAUCUUGAUGGACGAAGGAGGAAUGAAGUUUUAUAAUUGGUCUUAUAUAGUGUGUUGAACUUUUUGUCGUUAAUACUUGCAUGUGACUACGUGUCAUCUUAUGGGUUGUCGCUUUUGGAUACAAGGGAUUUUUAUUGUUCAUCUUUUACUAAAGUGUUUGCCUGUGUAAGACAAUGCUUGUAAAUGCUAAGGGACAAAACACACCCUCUCUAGAAAUAAUAUUGUGUGGUUUGUUAUAAAUC